GUUUUUUCGAAAUCCCUAUCUCAAAUUAAACGUCAAAAGAGGAGACCAAUGUAGGGAAAACUGGAAAACUGCGCGUCUUUUUUCACCAACUUACAAAUAAUUCUAACAUUAUUGCUUUUAAAAUUUUGCCUAGAGUAUAGUUAGAGAAUCGAACUCCCUACAGCAACAUUGAAAUGACCGAGGAUGAAGAGGCGGUGGAGGCCUCCACCUCAACUCCCAAGGAGGAUGUGUAUUUCCUACAGUACAUUGAGAUGGAAAAUUUCAAGUCGUAUCGAGGCCAUGUAAUUGUCGGCCCGCUAAAAAAAUUUACUGCAGUCAUUGGACCAAAUGGAUCAGGAAAGUCAAAUUUUAUGGAUGCAAUUAGUUUUGUAAUGGGUGAGAAGACUUCAAGUUUGCGCGUGAAACGACUCAAUGACCUAAUACAUGGGUCGUCUAUUGGCAAGCCUGUGUCGCGCAGUUGCUAUGUAACCGCUAAAUUUCUCAUCAAUGAUGAGCAACAAAUGGAUUUUCAGCGAGCAGUUAUUGGCGGUUCAUCUGAAUAUCGCAUAAAUGGGGAGAAUGUAACAAGCGGUGCCUACUUAUCUAAACUCGAAAAGAUGGGUAUAAACGUUAAAGCGAAAAAUUUUUUAGUAUUCCAAGGCGCUGUAGAAAAUAUCGCAAUGAAAACGCCAAAAGAACGCACGGCGUUGUUCGAGGAGAUCAGCGGUUCGGGGCUUCUUAGAGAGGAUUACAAUCGUUUAAAACAAGAAAUGAAUUUAGCUGAGGAGGAAACCCAAUUUACGUAUCAGAAAAAGAAAGGAAUGGCUGCAGAACGUAAAGAAGCCAAACAUGAGAAGAUGGAAGCAGACCGUUAUGCGCGUUUGAAAAAUGAAUAUAAUGAGAAACUGGUGGAAUAUCAACUGUUUAAGCUUUACCACGUAGAGAACGAUAUUAAAAAACUAAAUCAAGAUCUGGAAACCAAGCAAAAAGACGUUAAAAGCGUUGAAGUUCGAAAGGAACAAGCAGAUGAGGUAUUGCGGGAAAAAAAGAAAGAUGCUGGCAAGUUUUCGCGUGAUUUGGCAAAAAUAGAGCAAGAAAUACGAGAGUUUGAAACGCAAAUGAACAAAAAACGUCCACUGUAUAUUAAAGCCAAGGAAAAGAUAACCCAUUGUCAGAAGAAAUUGACAUCACUGCAGAAAACUCUAGAGACUGCGCGCGAAGCGGAUAAUGCACAUCAACAAGAUAUUCGUAAGCUGGAAAAGCAGUUGGCUGAAGUUGAGACAUUGAAAAAACGUUUUGAGGAUGAAAUCGAAAACGAAUCUCAGCGUCGUGGGAAAAGCGUAACGAUGGAAGAAGGUUUGGUGCAGGAGUACGAUCGCCUCAAACAACAAGCGGAAGCUACAGCCACACAAUACCGUUCACAAUUAGAUUCGGUGAACCGUGAACAGAAGUCCGAUCAAGAUAUGUUAGAUGGGGAAGGCAAUCGUAAGGCAUCGGUGGAGGAGUCCUUGAAAAAGUUGACUCUUCAACGCGAAGAGGCAGUCAAAAGGCGCGACAAGCUAAUGGAUCACAUAAAAUCAUCACAAGCCGCAUUAGAGGAACAAAAUCGCAUCAAGGAUGAACUGCGUCGAGAUGUGGGCUGCUCCAAGGAGAAGAUAGCUGAAAAGCAACGAGAAUUGGAAAAUGUUCGCGAUCAGUUAGGUGACGCGAAGAGUGAUAAGCACGAAGAUGCGCAUCGUAAAAAGAAGCAGGAAGUUGUGGAGUUGUUUAAGCAACAGGUGCCGGGGGUGUACGAUCGCAUGAUAAACAUGUGUCAGCCAACGCAUAAACGUUACAAUGUUGCCGUGACCAAAGUAUUAGGUAAAUAUAUGGAGGCCAUUAUCGUUGAUACCGAAAAGACCGCAAGGCACUGCAUUCAGAUUUUAAAAGAAGGAAGAUUGGAAGUUGAAACAUUCCUGCCACUAGACUACUUGCAAGUAAAACCACUUAAAGAGCGUUUGCGGAACAUAACUGAGCCGCGUAACGUCAAACUUGUAUUCGAUGUACUUAAAUUUGAACCACCAGAAAUAGAGCGGGCUGUAUUGUUUGCUACAAAUAAUGCAUUGGUUUGUGAGACACCCGAAGAUGCUAUGAAAGUGGCUUAUGAAAUUGAUCGUACACGCUAUGAUGCACUUGCUUUAGAUGGCACCUUCUACCAAAAGUCUGGUAUACUUUCUGGAGGUAGCCACGAUUUGGCGCGCAAAGCCAAGCGUUGGGAUGAAAAGCACAUGGCACAGUUGAAAAUGCAGAAAGACAAAUUGAACGAGGAGUUAAAAGAGCUGGUUAAGAAAUCGCGGAAGCAGAGUGAACUCGCUACAGUUGAAUCACAAAUUAAGGGCCUGGAGAAUCGUUUAAAAUAUAGUAUGGUGGAUUUAGAAGCAUCAAAAAAAUCUAUUCAGCAAUUCGAUAAUCAACUAAAGAUGGUGCAGAGCCAACUGGAUGAAUUUGGGCCUAAAAUCAGUGAAAUUGAACGCCGUAUGAUGAAACGUGAGGAGCAUAUUCAAGAAAUCAAAGAGAAUAUGAAUAAUGUUGAGGAUAAAGUAUUCGCAUCGUUCUGCAAGCGUUUGGGUGUUAAGAACAUACGGCAGUAUGAGGAACGUGAGCUUGUCAUGCAGCAAGAACGUGCACGAAAGCGUGCAGAAUUCGAGCAACAAAUAGACGCAAUCAAUACCCAGUUAGACUUUGAGAAACAAAAGGAUACCAAAAAAAAUUUGGAGCGUUGGGAGCGUAGUGUUCAAGAUGAAGAGGACGCACUUGAAGGUUUAAAAGCUGCAGAGAAACGCUACCUUAAAGAAAUUGAUGAAGAUAAAGAGAAAAUGGAAAAACUUAAGCAGAGCAAACAGGCAAAAAAACAAGCUACUGAUGAUAUGGAAGAGGAUAUUUCCAAAGCUCGGCGUGAUGUUUCUAAUCUGGCUAAAGAAAUACAUAAUUUAGGCAGUCAGAUAUCAGCCAUUGAGGCAAAAAUCGAAACGAAAAAGAAUGAGCGCCAUAACAUACUAAUGCAGGCAAAGAUGGAUUGUAUACCUAUACCGCUGCUCAGAGGUUCCCUCGACGAUGCUGUGCGCCAAGGCGACUCCGAAACGACCUCCACUUCGCUCAUUUUAGAACGCGAAAAUCAAAUUGAGGUCAAUUACAGCAGUUUACCACGCGAAAUUUGCAAGCUAAGAGACGAUUCCUCUUUUAAGAAAAUGAACGAUACAUUGCAAAAAGACUUGCAAGCCAAAUUGGAUGUACUCGAACGCAUACAAACACCAAAUAUGAAGGCAAUGCAAAAAUUAUCACUAGUUACAGAGAAAAUACAAUCUACAAAUGAGGAGUUUGAAAAUGCACGGCGCAAAGCGAAAAAGGCGAAGUCCGCCUUUGAGAAGGUGAAAAAUGAGCGUUCCGAAAAAUUCAUACAGUGCUGCAAUCACAUAUCAGAUGCAAUUGAUGGAAUCUACAAAAGUUUAGCACGUAAUGAAGCUGCACAGGCCUAUCUCGGUCCAGAUAACCCGGAAGAGCCAUAUUUGGAUGGCAUCAAUUAUAAUUGUGUGGCACCGGGUAAACGUUUCCAGCCGAUGAGUAACUUGAGUGGUGGUGAGAAAACAAUUGCAGCCUUAGCAUUGCUAUUCUCCAUACAUAGCUACCAACCAGCUCCGUUUUUUGUGCUCGACGAAAUCGAUGCAGCGCUUGAUAAUACCAAUAUUGGAAAAGUGGCAUCUUACAUUCGCGAUCACACAAAUAAUUUGCAGACAAUUGUUAUAUCGCUCAAAGAGGAAUUCUAUGGACACGCUGACGCGCUGGUGGGAAUAACACCGGCGGAGGGAGACUGUUUGAUAUCCAAUGUUUACCUAUACGAUCUGAGCGUUUUCGAUGAUAAAUAGUCGAUCCUUGUGGUUUCCUCGUUUUUCUUCAUAUUAAAACCAUUCUAUACUUUAGCAAAAAAGCAAAAUGUUAAACAUACUUAUACAGCACAGUUUAACACAACACUGUUCAAUUUGAUUGUACUGAAAUAUUUUUUUUUCACCAAUUACAUAAUACGUAUUUACUGUAACUAAUUAAACAAGCACUGUAACUAAUUAA